AAGGAAGCAAUGCCCCGACUGGACAGCAGGUGUGCUCUGUAGCACUGCAGCACACCGUCCACCGCAGUGCCACUGGGUCUAUGGGGACAGCUGGGCCGGCUGCUGCUGCCACUCUGCCGGAGGAGAGAGGGGAGAGAGCUGAGGCUGGAGGUGAGGAGGGAGACAGAGAGGAGUUCGGGUUUGGUGGCUGGGGCUUGGGGCCGGCGAUCACCACUGCUGCUGCUGCUGCGCUCUUCCUCAGGGGAGUCUCCUCGGCACGCUCCUCUUCCUCAUCCUCAUCCUGGUCGUCGGUGAUCUGGGCAUCCAAGAUGCCUCGGGUGGACGCCGACGUCAAGCUGGACUUCAAAGAUGUCCUUUUCAGACCCAAGAGGAGCAGCCUGAAGAGCCGCUCAGAGGUGGAUCUUCAGAGGACCUUUACAUUCCGCAACUCAAAACAGACCUACACUGGCAUCCCCAUCAUUGCUGCCAACAUGGACACCACAGGAACGUUUGAGAUGGCCGCGGUUCUUAGUAAACACACCCUCUUCACAGCCAUUCAUAAACACUACUCUGUCGAAGACUGGAAAAACUUUGCUGCCAGUCAUCCAGAAUGCGUGGAGCAUGUGGCUGCCAGCUCAGGGAGCAGCAACGCAGAUCUGGAGAAGCUGUGCGCCAUCCUGGAGGCCGUCCCCGCUCUGAAAUACAUCUGUCUGGACGUGGCCAACGGCUACUCCGAGUACUUUGUGGAGUUUGUCAAGACAGUGAGGCAGAAGUUUCCAAAACACACCAUCAUGGCUGGAAACGUGGUGACCGGGGAGAUGGUGGAGGAGCUCAUUCUCACCGGUGCCGACAUCAUCAAAGUGGGCAUUGGACCAGGUUCUGUGUGCACGACCAGGAUCAAAACAGGAGUCGGUUACCCACAACUCAGUGCUGUAAUCGAGUGUGCCGACUCUGCCCACGGACUCAAAGGACACAUCAUCUCUGAUGGUGGCUGCAGUUGCCCGGGAGAUGUGGCAAAGGCCUUUGGUGCGGGGGCUGACUUUGUCAUGAUGGGCGGGAUGCUGGCGGGCCACGAUCAGUGCACCGGGGAGGUCAUCGAGAAGAAUGGCAAGAAGUAUAAACUCUUCUACGGCAUGAGCUCCGACACGGCCAUGAAAAAAUAUGUGGGUGGAGUAGCUGAGUAUAGGGCAUCUGAGGGGAGGACAGUGGAAGUUCCCUACAGAGGAGAUGUGGAACACACCAUCCGGGACGUCUUGGGGGGGCUCCGCUCCACCUGCACCUACGUGGGGGCUGCCAAACUCAAAGAGCUGAGCCGCAGAACCACCUUUAUCCGUGUCACGCAACAGUCCAGCCACAUGUUUACUUAGGAGACGGAGAAACGUUGCCCACACACCAACGCAAACACACUGGUUGGCCGCGUGAUGUGUAGCAUGCAUGUCUAUGCAGAGUCCACAUGGGAAAAUAGUAGGACCCUGUCAUAUAGGUACACUUCACCUCAUUUCUCUCAGGAUAGAAGCUGUCAGAAGCCUCAGACAAGCGUCCUUCAACGCGGUGGCAAGUGUGUUUACAUGCUAACAUACACGGCCAUUUUUAGGAAUAUUCAUUUAACUUAGAUGGGGAAUGUGCAAAUGCAAGGCCUCCUUCGUAACCUGCUCGAUAAAUGCUCGGGAUUUAAAAAAAAAAGCCAGAUCACAGAGUGUGAAUGUGUACAACAAUUAAGGUCUUUCAGUGCAAUAUAGUUGUUGGGGGCAUUUCAACAUUCACAACAUGCCAAGAACACUCGUAGAAAUGAGUCUUUGGGGAAAUUAUGUUACCAUGAAGUGCAUGAAGAAUCUUUUUCUCAUCUCCUCGUUGCUUUUCAUCCCUGCGUAAAGCUUUUCCAGCAUCUGCACUCACAUUCCUAAAGACGUAAACCUGCUUAUGAGUGACUGCAUUUCUUUUCGGAUGGAAAACAUUUUUCUUAUUGGGGAUAUCAAUCUUUACAGCUUCCACUGUGCCUGGCAUUUUUCAUGAAGUGUGUACAAGAUUUGUGCCUUUUAUUUGAUUGAUGGUCGGCACUUUAUGAAAAGAUCUUGUAGAGGUGGUUAUAUCAAUUAACGAGAUCAGAAAAGCUCUACCCCAAGGAAGAAACUGCUCUUAAAAACACAAUUUCCAUUGUCUAUUGUGGCUAAAUUGGAUCAUGAAGGCAAAAACAAACUCAAAUAAUUAUCAGUAUGUCAUGUCUUUAUGACAAUAAACUCUAAAU